AUGGAUGCCUCCGCCAAUACCGUCAAAGAGUUCAUGAGACGCACCAGUUCUUACAUGAUUCCGGUUAUUGACGUUUCUGGGCUGAUAAGUUUGAGUUCUUGUCUAAAAGGGAAGGUUCUACAGGAUUUCAAUCAUGAUUAUGUCAACUUGCUUUCCAUCCUCCACACAUCUUUCGACCCGAUGGCCUUGAUCACUUUGUUCCAUUUUUAUGACCCACAGUUGCGGAGUUUUACAUUUCAGGAUUAUCAACUGGUUCCAACACUUGAGGAAUACUCUUAUAACCUCAACAUCCGAAUUACUGAUAAUGUGCCUUUCUUUCGAGUUUCUAAGGUUGUAAGGUUCGAAAACAUAGCCGAAGCUCUUCAUGUGGGGAUAAAAGAGGUGAAAUAUAAUUGGAAAUCAACUGGUGCUACUCCUGGUUUCAACCUUUGUUUUCUAAUCAAUAAGGCUGAAGAGUCGGCUAAGAAAGAACAUUGGGAUGAAUUCAGUCGGUUACUUGCUGUUAUGAUUUAUGAUAUUGUGCUAUUUCCAUCUACGGAGAACUUUGUGAGUUUAUUAGCUAUUUGUGUUUUCAUGAACGAGAAUCCUGUGCCACCAUUGCUUGCAGACACUUAUGUGGCUAUCCACUCUAGGCAUGGAAAGGGGGGAUACGUUGUUGGCUCCUGUCUCCCUUUGUUGUAUCAGUGGUUUAUGUUGCAUAUGCCAGUGAAAGGGCCAUUCGUGCUCAAGAAAGGUUCUCUUCAAUGGUCAGACAUGCUUCUUAACCUUACUUCUUUUGACAUCAGGUGGAAUUAUUGUGUGGGGAAGGUUUGGAACAUCAUUACCAGUUGCGGUCAAUACUCCAAUGUCCCUGUCAUAGGAACUAGAGGUUGUAUUAAUUGCAAUCCUAUGCUUGCCUACCUCCAAUUGGGAUAUGCGAUGGAAGGUCCUCCGAAGGAUGCAGAAAUAGCUGAAUCAGUGUAUUUUGCCGAUGGUACAGUUUCUGCUGAGCUCUAUACUCAAGCCAAGGCGGACAACAUCAAACUUCAAGUGAAAGAUAGAGAAGUGGAUUUGGAGAGUUAUUUUUUAGACCAAGAAAAGGGUGAGUUGGCUCAUAAGCUCAAGCAAGCACAAGGUGAAAGCUCAGGCAUGACAGGUGCUCAAAGACGCUCUUAUGACUUAAUGGAGGAAAGCUUGUACCGGAAGCAACAAAAAUGUUUGAAGUUACAAAGGACUGAAAGCAAUGGUAAAAGGAAGAUUCGGGAUUUGGAAAAGCAAUUGAUGGAAGAAAAGGGCCAAGUUAGCUCGACUUGA